AUGGCCGAAAACGCUGCAGCGUUGCGGAGAAAUGACGCCAGCUCUGAAGUUACGGCUCAUUCGACGAGAUCCCGCCACAUAUUCGAAUUCGACGAGGCCGAAAUUCUCGCAAGAGGUGACAACCGCGUGAGCCAGGAGCUAACUGAAUCAUGGUUUACUGUCCCUCAGUCCAUUAACAUGUGCAAUGAACUUCCCCCUCCAUACUCCGCGCUGAGACUUCGUCUAGGCGGAGUAAUUGGCAACGUGGGAAGCGCACAGCUGAAAACUCUUCCCAACACCCGGGUCAGCGCGUCAGAUGGUCGAGCAAUCAUCACACCAGCAUCCAAUGCACGUGAUCAAAUUGCAGCAAUUAACGACGCGAACGUCGGCCAUCUAACAGUUACCACACCAAAUGCAACGACCCCUGAUGGGGAUGGGGAGACGUGA